AUGUCGACGACCAUGAACGUCGCCGGCGUCCGGGCGCGUCUUCCCACGGCGGGCACCGCGCGCUCCUCCAUCGCGGCUCCCCUCAGGGUCCACCACUCCACCCGUGCCGCGCGCCAUCGGCGUGGAUGCGCUUCCACGACGACGCGCGCGCGGAUGGGCGGGGUCAUGGACGUCACCAAGGUUGGCGAGGUUGCGGGCAACGCCGCGGUCGCGGUGGUGGAGGUGAGCAAGGCGGUCCGCAUGCGCGGCGUCGAGGCUCCCGACGUCCAGAAGUCCUUCGUCGCCAAGGGAGGCGCGGAGGUGGACCGCGGCGGGCCCGUCGCGGUCGACGAGGAGGGCCUCCCGCUCGUCUACGACAAGACCGCCAUCCAGGCCUUCUGGGAUAAGCAGGGCGGCGCGCUGCAGAAGCGAUGGGCCGAGUUCCUCGGCCUGUCCGUGCCCUUCCUCACGCGCGUCGCCACGCUGUCCAUCACCGGCGGCGCCGCGGAGCUCGCGAGGAACGAUCGCUCGCUCGCCAGGGAUGCGCGCGUCAUCAUCGAGAAACUGGGCCCGACGUACAUCAAGGCUGGGCAGAUGAUGAGCGUCCGUCCGGACGUCCUCCCGCAGGCGGCGCUGGACGAGCUCGCGGUGCUCCAGGACGCGGUCAAGCCCUUCGAGACCGCCGUCGCCAUCGCCACCAUCGAGAAGGAACUCGGCGGCCCCCUCGGACAAUUCUUCGACGAGAUCUCGGAGAAGCCGGUGGCGGCGGCGUCGCUCGCGCAGGUGUACCGCGCGCGUCUCGCCGGCACCGACACCUACGUCGCGGUCAAGGUGCAGAGGCCGGAGAUCCUCAGCACCGUGAGCAAGGACCUGUACGUGCUGCGCAGGGCGGCGGAGGUGUACCAGGGUCUCAUCGAGCGCUUCGCCCCGCAGCAGAGGACCGAUUACGUCGCGCUGCUCAACGAGUGGGCCGUGGGCUUCUACACCGAGCUCGAUUUCCUCAACGAGGCGUCCAACCAGCAGAGGCUGCGGGAUUUAGUGUUGGACCAGGAGAAGGUGAGCGGGGUGUACGUGCCGCGGGUGUACCACGAGCUGUCCACGCGUCGGGUUUUGGUGAGCGAAUGGAUCGACGGCGUGAAGCUCAGCGACUGUCCCAAGGAUGAGAUCCGCGAGCUCAUCGGCGUCGGACAGGAGUGCUUCCUCGUGCAGCUGCUGCAGGUUGGGUUCUUUCACAGCGAUCCGCACCCGGGCAACCUGAUGAAGAUGGCGGACCCGACCGACCCGAGCAAGAGCGUGCUCGCGAUUCUCGAUUUCGGCCUGAUGGCUUCGAUCCAGCAGGAGGACAUGGACACCAUGGUCUCGUCCAUCAUCCACCUCGCGAACAAGGACUACCCCGCGCUGGUGGACGAUUUCAUCGACCUCAAGAUCCUUCCCGACGACUGCGACAGGGCCAAGGUCAUCCCGCUCAUGGACAAAGCUCUGUCUCCGUACGUCAAGGGCGGCGGCGCCAAAAAGUACGAAGCCGAGCUCAAGAAGAUGUACAACAUGGAGGACGGUUCGCUGCAGUCCACCGCGGGCGGGUUCCAGGCGAUGACCCAGGACCUUCUCACCGUCCUGAACGACAUCCCGUUCUCGAUCCCGCCCUACUUUGCCCUCCUCGGCAGGGCGGUGGUGACGCUCGAGGGCAUCGCGCUCAUCGGCAACCCCGACUACCGCCUGGUGAUGGAGGCGUACCCUUUCGUCGCGCGUAAGCUCCUCCGCGAGGACAGGCCCGCGGCGCAACGAGCCCUGCAGGAGGUGCUGUACGCGUCCACCGCGGGUGGGGGCAGCAUCCUGCAGGGUCGCAGGCUGGCGGUGAUGCUCAACAGCGCGAUGGGCGUCGUGGCGAGAGACGCGGGCGAGGGCGUCUUCGUCGACCUCGACACGAUUCCCGAGGAUUCCAUCUCCCUCUCCACCGGCCUGAGGUAUCUCCUCUCCCCUCGCGCCGAGGCGCUGCGCAAGGUGCUGGAGAAGGAAGCCGUGGGCGCCGCGGACAUCCUGCUCAGGCAGGCUGCGAGGAAAGGAGGCGGCAGGCUCUUCGCGCAGCUCCCGCAGCCGCCGACGCUCCCCGGGUUUUUCCCGUUUCAACUCCCCGCGUUGCCGAAGCCCGAGGACGUCCCCGGGCCGAUGCUGGUGCCGUCCAGGACCGGCGGCGCCCCCACGCCGUGCCUCGCGACCCCGACGCAGGUGCUCGACGCCGCGGCUCCGAAGCUCACCCGCGAGGAGGAACUCUUCGCCAUCUCCCUCGCCGACUUGGCGCGGGGGACGCUCGGUCGCGACGCCGCCGUGGUUCUCUCCGGCGACGCCCUCCUCGAACCGGAGGCGAUCGCGGGGCUGCUCCUCGGCGCGCUCGCGACGGGGGACGUGCCGGGGACGGAUAACCCGCAGGUGGCGGCGCUCGUGGCGCGGGUCAGGGAGCAGCUCCAGCCCGCAGAGGGAUCUUCGUACCGGUCGUUCGACUCCGCCGGCGCCGACGGGGACGAAAACGGGAAGGAGAACGGCGAGGGUCUCGACGAGAUCGUGGCGGCGGUGAGGGACCUGUCGCCGGAGGAGAGCGCGGUGCUCCAGGCGUCCGCGCGCGUGGUCGCGGACGCGAUGUGGGAGCGGUUCGUCGACAGGCUGGAGGUUGGGCUCCUCGGAAGAAAACCGGAGACGGCGGAGGAGCCGGCGAGGAUGGCGGAGCAGGCGGUGGCGGCAUCCGCCCGCUGA